AGUAAAGAGUUCGUGUCUAAACUCCUCUGUUUUUGUGCUUAUAAGCCAAGUUGAAUCGGAGCUUUUGCUUCAGCCGCUCUUGCUACUAUUAAGCUUAUGCUAUGGCGCGUUGAUUAUCUGCUGAUCAACCCAUGCACGAUCUUUCUACACAAUCAAUAGCUGAACGCUAAAUAUUCGCAAACAUUUCGUGUGCCUGACUCAGUUGUUUAUAAAACGCGAACGUGAGAAGACUGCUAACGGAACAGGAAAAUCAAAUCGCGCUUAAUCACCCAGCUCUCAGUGUAGUGAAGUUAUAUCGACUCAAUACAUAAUCGAUAAAAACACUUUAUUAAGUCUGUACGAAUAAAAACUGAAAUAAAAAAUCUAAAUAAACAAUCACCAACAUGUACUACGGUAAAUAUUUGAUUGCUGCGCUGUUUUGUGUGGGCUUUGCUAUGCUGAUCAAUGCACAGGAAAAACCGGUCACCGACGUUUGCCUGGGGUGUAUUUGCGAGGCCAUCAGCGGUUGUAAUCGUACGGCCACUUGUACUGGCGGCGUCUGUGGCCUCUUCCGCAUCACUUGGCCCUACUGGUCUGACGGUGGUAAGCUUACGUUGAAUGGCGAGUCCCCAGAAUCGGAAACAGCAUACGCCAACUGCGUAAGUGAUCCCUACUGCGCUGCGAAUACCAUACAGAAUUACAUGACUAAGUACGCACAGGAUUGCAAUGGCGACAACCAAGUGGAUUGCUUUGAUUAUGCGGCCAUACACAAGCUGGGAGGCUAUGGCUGCAAAGGCGAAUUGGGCUACAAUUAUCAGACUACGUUGUCGAACUGUUUGAACCUGUUUCAGGGUUAAAUGAGCAAGCAUUUAAAAAUUAAAAAAAAGUGGCGCACCUUAGAGGUGUAUAAAUGACAAGUUGCUCAUUGUUCAGGCUUGCUUUUAUCAUAAUUACAUUUAUUUAGAUUCUUCGAGAAGCAUUACUGUAAUAUCAAGUAUGAAUUUUAUUUUAUUUUAAACUAAUCUUAUGCCAUUUAUUAAUAAAUAAUUUUAUUUCGAUAA